CCUUAACCCCAAAAUCCAAUUGACAGGCUUUUUGAUUUCUUUCUCCCGUCUUGUUCCAUCUCGGAAAAAAUCGACCUUCCAUCUUCGAAUUCUCUUCUCUGCACGGCCUAAUCUUCUUUAGCUCAAGUUGGUAGUGAAACAAAUGUCGGUGUCGGACGAACAGAUCACAAAGCUAUUCAAAGCUCGUAGAACAGUUUUGCAGAUGCUGAGGGAUAGGGGAUAUUCGGUUGAUGAUUCGGAUAUUCAAACGACAAGACGUCAAUUCAUUGAGAAAUUUGGUGACAAUAUCCACCUCAAAAGGGAUGAUCUUUUGAUCCAUUGCAACAAAGGGGAUGCUCCAAUUGAUCAGAUUUAUGUCUUCUUUCCUGCAGAACUAAAGGUUGGUGUUCCUAUGGUAAGAAACUGUGCAAAGCGUAUGAAAGCAGAUAAUGUCUUUAAUGCAAUUUUGGUCGUUCAAAAAGCUUUGACAGCACCUGCAAAAGCAGCGAUAAAUGAAAUUAAUUCAUAUUUUCAUAUGGAUGUUUUCGAGGAGGCGGAGUUGCUGACCAAUAUCACAGAACAUAUGUUUGUCCCCAAGCAUACAGUACUGACAGAUCAAGAAAAGAAGAAAUUACUGGAAAAAUACAGGGUAAAGGAAACACAGCUACCUCGUAUUCUGGUUAGUGAUCCAGUUGCUAGGUAUUAUGGUAUGAAGCGCGGACAAGUUGUCAAGAUUACUCGAGAAAGUGUGACUGCUGAUACAUAUGACACAUACCGAUAUGCUGUAUGAGUUUCUUCUCAUUUCAGGGUUUUGCAUAUCGUUUUUUUUUUUGGUUCUAGAGAAUGGUUGAAGUUAAUACCCUUUUGUGUUCUUACUCAAAAAGCAAAUUAUUCUAGGAUUUCAAAAUCCUAUUGGAAAAAAAAAAGGGUUUCAAUCUGCAGGCAGGCUAAAAGAUUUGAGCUUGU